AAUCUCUCCCUUUCCUUCUCUUAUUUCACCUAUUAAAGUCACUCUCAUCCGAAGGAUAAAUAUACCCAAAAAGAGAAACCGCAAAAACAAAGCUCGGAAAUCCUGGUUUUUUUUUUCAAAGUUAAAACCCAGUUUUCAUUUUGGUCUGUUUCAGCUUCCUCUUUACCUAAUGGCUAUGGAACCAAACUUCUUUGAACAAGAAUCACAUUUCGAGUCUGAUGGAGAUAUUUCACUCAAGAACAAAUGGAAUCCAAUACCAGAACCAACAAAAGACCUAGAAAAAGAUUCCAGCUGUUUCGAUUGCAGCAUUUGCUUCGAGUCAGCACAAGAGCCAGUAGUCACCCUCUGUGGUCACUUGUAUUGCUGGCCUUGCAUUUACAAGUGGCUUAAUGUCCAAACUUCUUCCCUCGAUACAGACCCGCGACAGAAGAACUGCCCCGUGUGCAAGGCAAGCAUCUCUUCCGGUUCAUUGGUUCCCCUCUACGGUCACGGCACAUCUUCACAUUCUCAACCCAAGAAUCCACAGUCAGAUCUGAACAUUCCCCAAAGACCACCUCCUUCUACAUCGAACAUGACCGCCCCUUCUUCGCAUCUAAAUCAACAGCUUCACGAAAACUUUUUCCAUUCUCAGUCUCAAGCAUUUCAUAACCAGCAAUACUUCCCACCUUAUGGAGGAUAUGCAACCUUGGCAUCAUCCGACCUUAGUGGAAUACCGAUGACGAAUUUCUUCCAUCCGAUGAUCGGAACUUUGGGAGAAAUGGUGUAUGCUAGAAUAUUUGGGAGCUCAAACACAAGUAUGUUUGCUUACCCUAACCAAGCGUCUUACCCAUUAAUCAGGAAUAACAAUCUUAGGAUGAGAAGGCAGGAAAUUCAGGUUGACAAAUCUCUUAGUAGAGUAUCCAUGUUUCUUUUCUGUUGCAUCAUUCUUUGUCUUCUCUUGUUUUGAGAAGUAAUGAAUUUGAGCUUGUAUAGUUGCAAACAAAAUUUGUGAGGAACCCAAAUGUCAAGGUUUCUCUUAAAGAUAUUUGUAUGUAUAUAGUACGCUCAUUUUUUAAGAACUGGGAGUCUGAAUCCUCCAUAGAAACUGUUUAGCAGCAAAUCAAGUCCCAAACUCUUAUUAAGGGUUUUGCCUUGGGAUGUAUAUGCUUUUGUACGUCACUUUGAAGUUUCCAUUAUUACAAAUAUAUUCAUUCCCCCAUUUUAUCAA